GAGGGGCGGGGCCGGCUGCUGCCCGCCUAGCUCGGACUUCCCCGUGACGUCAGGGCGCGGCCCCCGGGGCGGCGGGAGGGAGGAGCAUGACGUCACCGGGGCACGCCUCCUCCGCUGCUUCGGUCCUGACGUUCAUUUCAUUCCUGUCCUCAUUCCGAGCAUUCCUCGCAUCGCUAUCGCCGAGCCCGGCUCCCUCACCGUGCGCCCCCCCCUUCCCCGGCCUCCCCCCGCCACCAGCGGCCGCCAGACAAUAGGCAGAGUGGGAGAACUUGCUGCCUGCGCAGCCUUGUGGGGUGUCCUCAGCCGGCCCGGGGCUGCUCCUCUCCUGCAGGCUGAAGUGGGGAAGUGGCCGGAGUCGGCAGAUUCCCAGCGCGCGGAGAGACCCUGCAGCAGAUCCGAUAGGAUUCCUCCCCGCAAACUUCCCUUCUGGUCUCCCUUUGUCCAGCGUCCAGGCUUCGGCUUGGAGAACCAGUCGCCCCCAUGGAGCCCAGUAGUUGGAGUGGCAGCGAAAGUCCGGCGGAAGAUAUCGAGAGGAUGAGUGACUCUGCGGAUAAGCCUAUGGAUAAUGACGCAGAAGGCGUCUGGAGCCCAGAUAUUGAGCAGAGCUUUCAGGAAGCGCUCGCCAUCUACCCACCGUGUGGGAGGAGGAAAAUUAUACUAUCAGAUGAAGGGAAAAUGUAUGGCAGGAAUGAAUUGAUAGCUAGAUACAUCAAGUUACGGACAGGGAAAACACGGACCAGGAAACAGGUGUCUAGUCACAUACAGGUCUUAGCAAGAAAGAAAGUUCGAGAAAUCCAAGCCGCCAUUAAGGUGUCUAGUCACAUUCAGGUUCUUGCCAGAAGGAAAUCUCGUGAUUUUCAUUCCAAGCUGAAGGUGACAAAUAUGGAUCAAACCGCCAAGGACAAAGCACUGCAACACAUGGCAGCCAUGUCCUCUGCCCAGAUUGUGUCCGCUACCGCCAUUCACAACAAGCUGGGCCUCCCAGGGAUUCCGCGGCCAGCCUUUCCUGCCGCACCGGGGUACUGGCCCGGAAUGCUGCAGACAGGGCAGCCCGGAUCUUCACAAGACGUCAAGCCAUUUGUCCAGCAAGCAUAUCCCAUCCAGCCAACAGUAACAGCGCCUCUUACAGGAUUUGAACCUUCUGCUCCCCCUGCCUCCUCGGUGCCCGCAUGGCAAGGCCGUUCCAUAGGCACAACCAAGCUCCGUCUGGUAGAAUUUUCCGCAUUUCUAGAACAGCAGAGGGACCCAGACGCAUACAACAAACACCUCUUUGUGCAUAUUGGACAGGCCAAUCACUCGUACAGCGAUCCACUGCUGGAAUCCGUAGACAUCCGCCAAAUUUACGACAAAUUUCCAGAAAAGAAAGGGGGCUUAAAGGAACUCUUUGGGAAAGGGCCACAAAAUGCAUUCUUCUUAGUGAAGUUCUGGGCGGACCUCAACUGCAAUAUACAGGAUGAUGCAGGUGCAUUUUAUGGUGUAACUAGUCAGUAUGAAAGCUCGGAGAAUAUGACCAUCACCUGCUCCACUAAAGUCUGUUCAUUCGGCAAACAAGUGGUGGAGAAAGUGGAGACUGAAUAUGCAAGAUUUGAAAAUGGCCGAUUUGUGUAUAGGAUAAACCGCUCUCCGAUGUGUGAAUAUAUGAUCAACUUUAUCCACAAGCUGAAACACUUACCAGAGAAGUACAUGAUGAAUAGCGUAUUGGAAAACUUCACUAUUUUGUUGGUGGUAACAAACAGGGAUACACAGGAAACGCUAUUAUGCAUGGCUUGUGUAUUCGAAGUGUCAAACAGCGAGCACGGAGCACAACACCACAUCUACAGGCUGGUCAAAGAAUGAAUGUAAACUUCAACGCUUACUCUGUACCCUAUGUCUGCACACACUAAAAACUUCACAAUGGACACUGACUAAACCUCAACACUAGUGGCAGCGCCUACAAGCCCACCCAGCGUUUAUCCGCUCUGUUUAUUUCAGUGACGUCAUUUCUAAUAUGUUUAUAAAUUAAUUGUAGCUGUGAAACAUUACAGUUUGUAAAGAUUUCUUAAGAAAAGAAAAAAAAAUUGUGGAAAAAAAACAAAAACAGUUGAACUCCAGUGCAGGGGAAACUUGCUGCUGCCUUGCAGAGCGAACGCACAGCACGGUUAUCCAGCAGCGACGUGGCGAAUGGUGCCACAGCUACUUAAAGUAGAUUUUCUGUAGGUGGUGAUCUCUAAACGUAAAGGAAUUUAGAAGAAAAUCAUUGUGUUUUUCUUCACAUAUUAAGAAAAAAAGCCUUUAAAAGAAUUUACAUAAAAAUGCUUGGAAAAUGCAAGCGCGUUACAUGAAAUGUGUGAAUGUAAACAGAUGUUUUAAAAUGUUAAUCUUUUUAACUACCUGAGGGGAAACACUUAUGGACGAAUGUAACAAUCUAAAUUAUUUUAAGAAAAAAAAAAAAAAGUUUUUUUUGUUUUUCCAGUUUAAAACCAAAUGAUAUAUUCUUCAGAUGUGCCUGAAAUGAGUCGGGAGGUUUUUUUGUUUUUUCCUGUUUUUAGCUAACCUUUUAGUCCAGAACACUAUUUUGGAAAGCGGUACUGCAGUCUAAACCAGCCCUUGUAAUUAAAAUAGCUAAUGUAUUUAAGAUAAAAAUAAUGUACUGUACUAAUUCAAAGAUUUAGUUUAGUAACACAAAGAUGGCUUAUUUUGCAAUAAAUCUACUUUUUAAUUUUUUUUAUGUUAACUUACAAAAAAUGUCUUUUUAAGAAUGUUUUUAUAUGAACAUCAUAUAUAUAUAUAUAUAUAUAUAUAUAUAUAUAUAUAUAUAUAUUAUUCUUUUUAAGAAUGGAGUGAAAUUAGAUCUGCUGUUCGAGAACUUACAGGAAGCAUCAUUGUGUUGCUCAAAUAUCUAAAUGCCUCCCAAUAAUCCCAACUUUUCCGGUCUGCCACGAUUUUCACGGCUAUAGAAGGAGGAUCGGCUGACACACUUGAGUGCCUGGCCUUAGCAACUGAUCAUGUGGUUUAGGCGGCGGAUCAUGGGGGUAGUUAGGAUUGUAGGUGAUUAGAAAUUGCUUAUGCAAUUCUAAGGGCUCUAUUGAAUACAAACAAAACAACACUAUAUACAAGUUGUGCGGCUUGUUAGUAGAACAAUGACAAAUGUCAUUGAACAUUACAACUAGCUACCAGUGGUAUAUUUUGUAUACUAGCAGCAUUUACCACUCCGGCAGGGUCUGGCGGUCUCUCUCUGUGGGGGUCAGUAUCGGGAAAACUUUGCAUUCCGGAUAUUGAUACAUCUGGCAGCAUCACAUCUCCGUAGAAGGCUACGGGGGAUGCGGUUGCCGGUGGGAAUGGAGGGAUUACAGUAGGUAUCGGAGAUAUCUGCUGCGGUCCCCCCCUACAUACAUUUUGGUGAUACUUAAUAUUUGAGGCUAACCCCCAAAUAGCUGAUGAUUAUAUGAUAUAUACAAACACACAGUAAUGUAUAAUUAUUGAUCUGUAAUCUCUGCCUUUUAGGGAUCCUCUUUUUUUUUUUUUUUUUCCUAUGAAAGCACAAUAGCGAGGAAUUGUCACAGGCGUCAUUAAUAAGCAUCACUAAGUGAAAUUACAGCAUUUUACCGAAUAACACAACACCGAAAUCAUUUAAUGUCAACACCAGAAUGUUGAAUGUCAACAUAUGGCAUGUCGACAGUUCAUUUUAGGGUAGCUUAAAAAUUUCUUGUUGACCAUAUUCUGUCAGCAUGGGAACUGUUGACAUAAUAUACUGAACCUGGAUUAUGGUUAUAGACCUUUUUUUUAUUUAUUUUUUUAGUCUGUUGACAGUAUUUAUUCUCAAUCUCUCCAUCACUUAUUAGAUCUGAGCCAUGUUGUAGUAGAGAUGUUCCUCUAUUAGUAAUCUUUUGGCCUUAGCGGAUUAAUUGCAGGUAUUAUAUAGUCCUGGGAAACGCACUUUAUCACAUGGAAAAACAAUUGAAUUGAUCCGUCAGGCGCCACCCGGCUGCAGCUGCGGGGAAACAAUUGAAUUCCCCCUAUGAGUUAGGAAUAAUACCAGUUUAGGAUCUGUAUUUAUAAAUCUUAGCCAAAAUAAGAAUCUUGUAUAAUUUUUUUGCAUAUAUUUUGUUUCCUUAAACCACCACUAAGGGGCCUAUGUAUUAAUAACCGUGGCACUGCCGCGAUUAUUAACAUUCCGUUUCAUGGUGGAUAGUUCCAUUUUUAAUGACCAUAUCCCGCCAUGUGGUAAGUGAAACCCGCAGGGACAGUGGGAGCGAUAGCUGCUCUCCCAGCAUGUUACUUUUAGGAGUUUUUCACAUUUGUGAAAGUCUCUGCAGGAGAAUCUGACAUUGCACAUGGGGGGAAUUCAGACCUGAUCGCUCGCUAGCGGUUUUUGUACGGCUGCGAUCAGGUUUGAACUGCGUGUGCACCGCAAUGCGCAGACGCGUUGCAUGGGUACAAAGCGGAUAGCCGCUCAGUGAUGGGUUUGUGCGAAGAAUCCAUUCGCACGACUGUUCGCAAGGAGAUUGACAGGAAGAAGGCGUUUGUGGGUGGCAACUGACCGUUUUCUGGGAGUGGUCGGAAAAACACAGGCGUGUCCAAGCGUUUGCAGGGCGGGUGUCUGACGUCCAUUCCGUGCCCGGACAGGCUGAAGUGAUCGCAGCGGCUGAGUAAGUUCUGGGCAACUCAGAAACUGCACAAACUCUUUUUGUACCGCUCGGCUGCACAUGCGAUCGCACACUUGCACAGCUAAAAUACACUCCCCGGUGGGCGACGACUAUGCGAACGCUGGACUGCAAAAAAACCCUAGCGAGCCAUCAGGUCUGAAUUAACCCCAGUGUCCGUUUCCUGAAUCGGAGCCGGACAGAGGACGGAAAGCUCUCUCUCCUGCUACCAUGCCUCCCAUAGGCUUACAGCAGUUUACACCAAGUUUGGUUCAUAAGGGUCAGACUGCGAUCUGCAUUGCUAAUUAGCGUUCUGCAGGAGAUUUCUGUGAAAUCUCCUGUAUUAUGCUAUUAGUACAUAGCAACAAACCAUUAAAUUAUGCAGAGAAUUCAGUUUCUACAUAAUCUUAUGCUACAUAUCACUUAAAAAAAUAAAAAAAAUUGCUCGAUAAAUAGGCCCCUAGGAUUAAAAAGAAUCUUUCUCCACCAACUGGUAGUAAACUUUCCUCUCUGUAAUGCAGGGUUUAGUGAGAACCGUAUGUGCCAUAGAGAGAGGGAGCCCUUCUUCCGCUGGAUAUGCCACGUUAGCCACAAGGGGGGGCUGCAAACCGUGUCGCUACAAUACAGGAUUUCUCUUCUCGUGUCCUACCUCCGGACAUUCACUAAGAUGCGAUUGCUGGGGCACUGAAGAAUUAGAACAUGUCUACCCUGAACUUACCAGUAAUUGCGACAUUACAAGCCAUUUAUUUACAGCAGACUAAUUUCAUUCCAGCUCUUUGACCAUCUGUUUCUGAGGUCUAACCGUAACCACCUAAUUGUGAGACAGCUAUGUGUGAGCCUUUGUAGAUAAAAGAUGUUUUGGGGUUUGUUUCUGAUUGUUUAAAGCACUUGUAUUUUGAGUCAAACACUACUUUUUAAAGGUUUCUAUGUUAUGUAAUGGUGAAAUGUUUCAGUGAUAACGAAGAUAUAUACUGGUUGAAUCUUCAAAAAAAAAACAAGCGGAGCGACACAAUUUGGCGUAUUGUGUGUCCUGUCUUUGUUCUCUGCACACAGUUCGAAGUGAAGGGCAAAAUGUUUUUUUGUUACACUUCUCAAGGUAAAUUUAAACGUCCGACACAGCAUUCAGUCAGUUCUGGAUGGCCUUAUUUUCGUUCCUGUAACUGUGAGCUCUUUUAUAAGCUGGGAGAAAUUCAUCUAUCAACGCUAACUUAGGUUAUUAUUCAUCGCUGCCAAAGCAUUUCCAAAUGCAGUGCCUUAGAGGUUAGGUCCACGUUUGCAGAAUAGAACUCCCAUUGUGCUGUAGCUCCCCUUCAAAAGAUUUUAACCGGUUUCCCGUACACUCGGUAACAUAUAUAAUACAUUUUGGUGUUUCUAAGUAUGAGCGGAGUGCUUUCAAAAGUAGCGUCACGUAGAAGUCUGAGGUGACGCGUCCAUUUACAACAGUGGCACAGUGUAUUUCAGCACAGUCUUACGGAUCAAUAUGUCAGCAUGUUAGGAGUAGGAGGGACGUGGCCAACAUAUAAAUUCACAUUGUAGCCGCACAGUCCAAUGGCACAAUUACGACAAUGUAAAGUAGGAGGUGGAGCCACAAAUCAUGCUACCAAACCGCCCACUUUAUGGGGAAAGGUGGCAUCAGGGGAUCUAAGUGGGACUUUGCUAUGCUACUGAGUGUCCGGGAGUGCCAACCAAGAUUUGGGAGUCUUCCGGACGUUCCGGAAGAGUAGCCAAGUAUUCUCUACUAAAGAAUAUCCAUUUCCUCUAAAGACGCCACUUAACUUUUAAGUUGAUGGGAGUCCUUGUUGUAUUUAUUAUUGAUCCCAUUCUGGUGUUAUUUGUGGAAAUAUUUUCUGGAGAUAAUUGCAGCGCUUGUCCCACAUUGAUGGCGCCGCUCAGUGACCUUUUUAGUAAAUAAACUUUUGGAGGGGAUUAUAUUCUUUCAGUUAUAUGCCUGCAUUGGGCAAUAUACUUACACCUCCCCCAUCCCACAAACACGGGCAGAGGAAUUGUAUACCUGUAGCUGCUUUCUGACCAAAAGAUUUUGCAACCUAGUCUGAAUGUGCCUUUGAUUGUGAAUAUCCCAGCUUACAAAAGUGCUGUGAAAAUGAUAUGGAAAUUUGUAAACACCAAAACUUCUCACAGAUCACCGCAAUGCCUUCUGGUUGGAUGGAUUAAGACAAAGCCACAGGUGCUUUUAAAUGGAGCACUAGGUAAACACUACACUCAGAGUACAGACUGUGGCUGUAGAAUCACAUUCCGCCAAGUAGCGUAAACCUGUAGUCAGGGUUCAGAUUUAUAAGCGGACAUAAGUCACCUGCUUUUGACUGACUACUAUUUGUAACACUGUCUAUAAUCUAUAAAGAACUGUCCAUGCUUUAAGAAUGCUUUUACAUUAUCAGUGUCUUGUACAGUAGUACCCCCUUUGGCGGUAAGUGGGGUAGGGGGCAUCUCUCACUUUUACCCCCUUUGGCGGUAAGUGGGGUAGGGGGCAUCUCUCACUUUUUGCUGGAUGCAACAGUGAAAACUGGUAAUGACAGGUAUUUUUCCUUCAUAAAGGUCUUUAAAUUGAUGCCUUUCAAUCAAUAACUAGUUGCCUUUACUGUAUGUGGGUGUCUCAUAAAAGUUACCCUAAAGCUUAACAUGAAACAAGGUAAAAAGAAAUAAAUAUAUAUAUAUAUUAAACAAAAAAAAAAACGUACAGAUUUAUCAUCCAAAUUUUGUAAGCGUCAAGUAAUUCCACCUAUUAUACACUACAGUAUCCUGACACAUCGUCCCACACUUACGCGCUGCGGAACUGCCUGGCGAACACAAGUGUCAUUUUUGUUUAAACCUAUUUUGCGUUUUUAUUUUCCUACUGCUGAAAACAUUUCAUGACGGUGUUUAUUGCAGCCACACUACACAUAUAUGGUCAUGCUCUUAGGAUAAAGGUUUACAUUGUCAGUACAAGUAAAUAACUAGGACAUGCGUGCAUACUGUGAUGUAAAAAGAAAAAAGUUUUAAUAAAAAGAAAAAAAAAAUAAUUAUAUAUAUAGUAGUCGAGAUUCUUCCUAUGGAAGUAAUUUCUGUUGUAAUGACAUUUUUGCAUAGAUACAGGUUUUCAAUCAUAAUUAUUAAAGGAGUAUACCCUGGUGAUCAUGGACUAUUUGUAUAAGUAUUUAUACCAGGGUGUUAUUUUUUUCUCUUUACACAUAUAACCAUUAUGCUCUUGGUCAAAUGUCCAACGGGGGAACGAUUUAGUUGCCUAUAGAGACUUAGUAUCUCAAAAACACACCGGUAAUCUGUAUUUCAUUUGUUUUUAGCUCUGUGUACCCUUCAUGGAUUCUUACCAAUAAACACUAACUGUUCACGUAAAAGCCAAAGUGAACCCCAAAUCACUAGGGGUACUUGGCCGGCGUUGAUGUAUUUUCUGGCUGCAUUGUUUGCCUAGCCUGCCCUAGCUCUGCUGGGCGAAAUAAACACAAAAAUUCAAAAUGUGCCUGAUGAAGACAGAAUUUUAUAACCUUCAAACCCGAUAGCCUUUACUGCUUAAAUAUUACUAUGUUGUUUGUAAACCGUUUUGCCAUAAGAAUAUGUUCACCUUGUAAAUUACUUCUAAACUAUUCUCACCUUCUGUUUAUGUAUUGUUAAAAAAGAAAAAAUAAGGAAGAAAAAAAAAACUGUGUGAUUUCUGCAUAUCCAUAUAUGGUCAGUGGUUAAUUUAAUGUUGUACUGCUGCCCGUUUUGUUGAUGAUGAAGAAGCUGCCUUGUUGACUUAUGUUAUUAUACAGAUUCACAAAACAAAGCUGUUUUUAAUGUUUUUUUGUACCAUUUUCAGAUUUCCGCCAAGGCAACCUGUCAAAGCCUAUAGCAGUUUAAUUUUUUUGUUUUUUUGUUCCCGGUAUGUUUACUGUCUUUGUGUAGGUACUGGUACCUUUCUUGUUAAAAGAAAAAAAAUAUGUUUCAAGUGUUGGCUUUAAAGUGAAUUUAUCUUUUAGAGAGAUAGUUAAUAUGAAAUUAUAGGGUUUGUGUGCAGAGAUUUUUUUUUUAUUUAAACGGUGCUUUGUUUAAGGAAUAAAAGUAAAAACUGUAUUCUAGCUUUUGGCGGUACAAUGUGUGAUUUAAUAUCUAUGACAGUUAAGUGCAAUUAUUUCAUCACUCUAAAAUGCUAUUUUUGUGUCGGUUACUGCAGGUGUUUUAAUGUCUUUGCAAAGUGACAGAUUUUGAUGCCUUCUUGAUAGUGGUAGACUUUUUGUAGCUUUUUAGAAACUUUGUAUUCAUACAGUAUCAAUUGAAAAUAAAGACCAUUAAAUUGUU